AUGCUAGCGGAGGCGAAACGGGAAGCGACUGCAACAAAGUCCUUGCUCCAAAGGAAAGUGCCACCACCCAAGACGGAGCCUGCUGCUGAGCCUGCUUAUGGCAUCAACAACAGCUUCUAACGUAUUUAGUCAAGCAGAUGCUCUACUUUCCAACAUGUUGAUCCAGUGGUAUGAUUUGGGAUUCUAGAUGGUGGCCGUGUCGUUUCAAUUCUACGUGAGACCAAGUACAGACUUGCUUUCCCUGUUUUAUAGUGAAAAACAGCACCUUUUUGCUGAUUUGAAGGGGAAAACAACUAGCAGUGGACAGGACCUAUUUCUACCAUCACACGAAGCAGAGAAAAUGUUAAUAAGUAGACAAGCACAAGUACUGAGCAACAACUUGGAGCUGUGUGUGCUACCAUUAUAAUUACAUCUCUUCUAAUCAUAGACACAAAAAGCGGGUGACGACACGAGUGCGAAGAGUACAGGAGAAGCUGGAGCUGCUAUAAUAGCAGAGGCGGCGAAAAGUGACGCAAGCAAAGCGAGUCUGCUGGAGACGCACCAGAAAAAGGCAACAGAGCUAGACCAGAUGAGAGUGUACUGACUUAUUUUCAGACUUUUUUUUUUGCUCUCAAGGAAGAUGCGAGCGCGGUAACUCUAAUUGAUACUAUAGGAUAGAAUGACUAAGACUCUCUUACAUCAGUGCUACUUCCCUGGUUGGGGCUCCACUGGGAUUGAUGCAUCCAUCGAUGAUGAUUCCGCCAUAUCUUUUUCAGCUAUGCUUCCGGACAGAGCUACUACCUUCGUGGCAGUGCGUCGAACGAGCGGGCCUGGCGUCGCGCGUGACAUACUCUCUACGGGUCGCCGACCAGCAUGUACUAGAUGGAAUAAUUACACUGUGGUAGUUGUCAUUUAUACCCGUUAGGUGGUUGUUGAAGACUGCCCACAGUUCGGCGAUUCAUCGACCUCGAAGACUAUUCACUACUCUCCCCUACUGCCUGACCCUGUUGUAUUUACUGGCUGCUAGUAGCAUAUUAAUCAAUCAUCCAUGUUAGCCAUAGCAUCUGCUCAGCAUUACUGAAGACACAUCAGAAUUCGUAGGAUCUGUACUCAUAAUGCUUUGCGACACCACUCUAUCAAGUAACAUUAACCCGCUAGUGCUCAUUGUCAUUUGACACGAUCUGGAUGUGAGCUGUGAGCUAGAAGAUUCG